AUGAUACAGCUUGAUACUGCAGUUCUUCAAUUUCAAAACCAAAAGCUCACUCAAAAAUUAGAGGCUCAGAAGGUUGAGUCUCGUGCUCUCGAGAAUAAAUUUUCUCAAUUGAAGGAGAAGCAACAGCCAUAUGAUUCCACAUUAAAAGUGGUGAAAGAGUCUUGGGAAGGGGUGUUAACUGAACUGGAAUCAUGUUCUAUUUGUGUGAGGGAGAUGGGCAGUGGAGGAAGUUAUCGGCACAUAUUGAACGAGGAAGAUGGAGGUUCAUCUAUGUCAGAGGACGCUUUUCUUAGUCGACUUAUAGCAACAGGUGCCACUGAGAAUUCUUUCAACAGCUGCCCUAAUCAGAUGGAAGAAGAUAGAGACAUGGCUUCAGAAAAGAUUAAGAAUAUUCUAUCUAAUUUAGUAGCUGCUAUUAAUGACCUGUGGCAUCUAAAGGAUGGGUUGUGUGAUGCAGUUUUGAAACAGCUUCCAGAAGAUGGUUUAUGCAGGCAGAAGGCAUUGAGAGAAUUACAAUCAGAAGUUAAGAAGUUGAGAUCGUCUCUAAGUGAUCUUCAUUUGAAGCAUAGAUUACUAUCAACUGAAUUUUUUAACCAAGCAGUCAUCAAUGCAAAAAAUAAAGCUAAGCUUAAAUGUUUAAGAGAGGAGUUCAAGAUUGUGAUUGCAGAAUUAGAAGAAAUUCAUUGUAAAUUAUCAAGUCUUAAAGCAGAAAAGGAUUCAACGAAAGGAGCAUUUUUCCCUGUCUUAAACCUUGGAAAUAAGCCUCUUGCUGGCGAUAAGGCCAGAGAUAAACAAAGAGAAGUGCAAGAUAUGGAACUGGCCCUGAAGGAGCUAACGGAUCAAGCUUCAGGUCGAUUAUGGGAACUUAGAGGUUUUCAUGAGGAGAGGAUAAAAAUAUUGGAACAGUUAUCUAAUUUUCAGAACAAGUUGAAGAACAUAGAGGGUAUUUCUGCUUCUCAAGCAUACCUCUUGGUGAAAGAUCAGCUAGAAAAGUCUAAAUCAGAAGUCCUCCAGUAUCAGGCUUUACUUGAGAAACUACAGGUUGAAAAAGAUAACCUUGCUUGGAGGGAAAAGGAGUUGAAUAUGAAAAGUGAUUUACUUGAUGUUUCUCGAAGAUCUUCUGCAGUUGCUGAAUCCCGAAUUGCUGAUCUAGGAUCGCAGAUGCAAAAACAUAUUGAUGAAAGAAGUAGGAUUGAAGCUAAGCUGGAAGAGGCCUCAAGAGAACCAGGAAGGAAAGAAAUUCUUUCAGAAUUUAAAGCACUAGUUUCUUCAUUUCCUGAGGAAAUGAGUGCAAUGCAAGGUCAGUUGAGUAAGUACAAAGAAGCUGCUGUAGAUAUUCAUUCACUGCGAGCUGAUGUGCAGUCUCUUUUCAGUAUUCUUAAUAGGAAGGCAAAAGAAUGUGAAACUAUAUCUGCAAAAUCUGCUCUCCAAAUUUCUCAGAUACACAAGUUGCAAGCUGCGGCUAAAGAUUUGAAGGAUAGUGAUACGGAGUUGAAGUUGAUUUUGGAUAUGUUUAGACGUGAGUCCACUGAUUCAAGGGUUUUGAUGGAGGCUAAGGAUCUGGAAUACAAGGCUUGGGCCCAUGUUCAAAGUUUGAAAUGUCCUCUUGAUGAGCAAACACUGGAGCUGCGGGUUAAGACUGCAAAUGAAGCGGAAGCCAUAUCCCAACAAAGGCUAGCUGCUGCAGAAGCGGAGAUUGCUGACCUGAGACAGAAGUUGGAGUCUUCUAAAAGAAGACUCUUGUGGAACAUCAUCGAUAUGUUUUUUUCCUCCAGACAAUUGGACAGUCAUAUGAUGACAUGCAGACACAAAACCAACAGCUCUUGCAGCAAAUUACAGAGAGAGAUGAUUAUAACAUCAAGCUUGUUUUAGAGGGUUUAAGGGCAAGGCAGCUGCAGGAUGCUCUAUUGAUGGAUAAACGAACUAUGGAAA